UUUCCUUUUUUCUAGCACUGUGGAAUACCCUUAAUAUUUAGCACUGUUGAGCGUUCUUUCGCCGUGUCACCGUGAUUAACCGAAACGUGACCGUUCACCGUGACGGCCAGCUGUUAUUCAGUGCUGCAAAACACCAACCGAGUGAGAGCUGUUCCGAAGCCUUUUGUUUUUGUUGACCUGGUCAUCUGUGCGGCUUUUCACCCAGUUUGCCAAAGUUUAUUUCCAUGCCAAAUGGCCGCCUUUAUGGAGGAAGCGUUAGUGGAGGCUCGGAGGGCACGUGACGCCGGCGAGGUGCCCGUGGGCUGCGUGUUCGUUCAUGGGGACAAGGUAGUCGCACGUGGCGGGAACGAGGUGAACGUCCACCGGAACGCCACCCGCCAUGCGGAGUUCAUAUGCAUCGAUGCAAUCCUGGCCAACUGCCGCGAGAGGCGGCUGCCGGCCCGCCAGCUCUUCAGCGAGAUCACUGUGGUGGUCACCGUGGAGCCCUGCAUCAUGUGCUCCGCUGCCCUUCACACGCUCGGGGUCAAGGAGAUCAUCUACGGCUGCGAAAACGACCGUUUCGGUGGAAAAACGGUUGUGGACGUGGCCGCUGUCGUGGGCCAAAGGAUCGACAUCACCGGAGGCGUGCGGGCGGACGAAGCGAUGGCCUUGCUUAAGGAGUUCUACAAGGGCGACAAUCCGUCGGCACCACCACUGGCCAAGAGGAAGAAGUAGAAUCUGCCGGAGGACUCAUCUACUUUCGGGAGCAGGAAUAAACUGGGAAACAUCUAAUCAUCAAGAAUCCGCAGGUCAAGAAGAUAGAGUGCGAUAGUCAGAGAACCGAAGUUUUUCCGGGACAUUAGGCUUACCAACGAAUCCUCAGAACCACAGGACAAGGACAUAGUAAAGUAUAUCAGCCUAAAAAACAAACACCUUUUGGGUUUACUAGGCAAACGUAUUCGGACUAAACGCAAGACCAAAACAUACAGUAUAGUUAAAACUUGAACAUGGAAAUUUCUAGAAAAGGCUUACUACGAAUAAGUUUGGAUUGUAUAUUACAAUAAGAUAAAAGGUUAAUUCCUGGUACAGUUGCAUAAAGUAGAGAAAAACGAACACCGUUGUUAAGAAAAUCGAAACUACGCCCAUAAAAAAAAGAAUAUUCCAACCAUCUGCGUCCCGGGAACUUAGAGUAAAAACCCGAAAGUAAAAAAGUUCCACUGCAUCAUUCGUCGACGAUUUCUGUAUAUGUUUCAAUUUAUUAUAAACUUUAAGCAUAGUCUAAGAUAUAUAUAUGUAUAUGGCGUUCAGAACGUAUGUUUAAACUCUAAACAUAAAUACAAUUACUGCAUAAUAGCUACAACA